AGCAAACAUGCCGCGGUCCCGCUCGAGAUCCAGGAGUCCUGCGAGACGCAACCACGACCACGAAAGUCGAUCUCGCAGUCGACGACGUAAUGGUCGCGAUGAUGAGGGUAGACAUGAACGACCAAACAAGAAACCCCGCGAGGAAGUACCAUCUGUCAAGGACGAGCACGCUGUCGCCACGACUCAACUGGAUGUGGAGGCGUUCCAAGCUCAGCGAGCGUCGCUCCCGGUAGGCCAGUUCAAGCAGCAAAUAUUGGACACCAUCGAAAGCAAUCAGAUUGUCGUGUGUAUUGGGGAAACAGGAUCGGGCAAGACGACCCAGAUUCCUCAGUUCCUCCUCGAGGCAGGAUAUGCAAAAUCCAAGCGGAUUGCAAUCACCCAACCUCGGCGAGUAGCGACUGUCGCCGUGGCUAAGCGUGUGGGGGAAGAGUUGGCGGCGUCCGGCCAUUCUAUUCAGUCUGUGGGGUACACGAUUCGAUUUGACGACCACACAAGCGCAAGCACGCAGAUCAAGUUUAUGACGGACGGCAUUCUUGUCCGCGAAUGCCUUCAAGAUCCAUUGUUGUCCGCGUACUCGAUCGUCAUGCUGGACGAAGCGCACGAGCGAAGCAUCCACACGGACAUUCUGUUUGGGCUGCUGCAUUCGAUCCUAUCGAAGCGCAGAGACCUCAAGCUGAUCGUGACGUCGGCGACUCUAGACGCAGACAAAUUUUCCCAGUUCUUCGACAACUGCCCCGUGGUUCAGAUUCCUGGGCGGUCGUUUCCAGUCGACAUUUACCAUUCCAAGCAGCACCAAAUUAUGGGCAAGUCGGGGCCAGUCUCCACGUAUAUUCAGUCGGCUGUGGACACGACCAUGCAGAUUCAUGAGCAUGAACCAGAAGGUCACAUUUUGGUCUUCUUGACCGGGCAAAAAGAAAUCGAAGAAGCCUGUGCUCUCCUGCGCAAGCGACUGGACCAACUCGCCCAUGACGGCGGCGUAGCUGCUUUGCCGCACACGCUCAUUCUACCCUUGUAUGGUGCCCUCACCAGCGACAAACAGCGGCGCAUCUUCAGUCCAUGUGGAAAGAGUCGCAAGAUUAUUGUGUGCACUAACAUUGCCGAAACAUCGCUCACCGUCGAUGGCGUCAAGUACGUCGUCGACGCUGGCUUUACCAAGCAAAAGGUGUACAAUCCGGUGCGGGGCAUGGAAUCGCUGGUUGUGCUGCCCAUCUCGCAGGUCUCUGCCCAACAACGCGCGGGUCGUGCGGGUCGGACGAGCGCGGGCAAGUGCUACCGUCUCUACUCCAAGAAAUCGUAUUCGGCGAUGUUCAACGAAACAAUUCCGGAGAUUCAGCGGUCCAACUUGGCCAACACGAUCUUGUACUUGAAAGUCCUGGGCAUCGACGACGUUGUCGGGUUUGGGUACUUGGACCCACCCCAAGAAGACUCGAUCUUGGACGCCCUCCAGCAAUUGUACACGCUCGGUGCGUCGUUGACGGGAUGCCAGUUGUAUUCACCGACUGAAUGUAGGCGCCCUGGACGACACAGGCGACGUCACCGCGACGGGCAAGGCGAUGGCGCAGUUCCCACUGGAACCCCGGCUGGCACGUGUGUUGCUGGAAGCGAUUCGAUUGGAUUGUGCGGCGGACGUCACUCGGAUCGUCGCCAUGCUAUCCGUCGAGAACGUUGUGCUGCCGUACCAGGAGAAGGAUGGCCGGCCGCCCUUGCUGCAACGAUUCCACCACCCCAAAGGCGACCACUUGACCCUACUCAACUUGUUUCAUGCGUGGAAAAAACAGUCGGACCGAAUUGGAUGGUGUGAAAUCCAUGGACUCCACGCGCGUGCGUUCCAGACUGCGUCCAGCAUCCAACAACAGCUUCAAGACCUGGUCGACAAAGCCAUCGAUGCCCCCACCAACAAGCACGGGGCUUUCCAACUCCCGGCUUCGACAGACAUCAAGUCGAUGGAAAUUCUGGACCGUAUCCGCCUGGCAGUUUGCGCUGGAUUCUUUCAGCACGGCGCCCAAAAGUGCAUGAUGCAACCAGUAUACCGAGUACUCGCGCCUGCCAACGACGCCACGCAAGGCACUCAACUCGUCCAUUUCCAUCCGUCGUCCGUCUUUGUUGAAAUGUCCCCACCCCACACGUGCAUUUACCACGAAUUGGUCUACACAAGUCGAGCCUUCAUGCGGCAUGUCUUGGACGUCGACCCUGCAUGGCUAAAACUGUACGAGCCGACCAAACGGCUUACCCUGAACGAGUGCUAUGCAUUGACCAAGCGACCUGUGCCCGUCCUUCAAGAGGCAUCAGGGCCAGCCGAGGUCGCCAUCGAAAUCGCCCCAUCCGUCAAGAAGACAAAGGAAAAGACCAGCCAUGAUGCAGUUGCCGCGGCAAAGGCGCGAUAUUUGCAGCGUAAACAUCAGCAGAGAUCAUAGAAUCGAGUUGUAGUCAAUACUACCAAGUUAACGAUAACGCCCCCAUGGAAUGCAGCAACGUGCGAUGGUGCAAGCCACAAGCAACGUUCAGAAGUGACUCGCAUGCGAGUUUCAGUCGGCGCACAUGAAGUUUGACGGCCGUGUUGGAAGCUGGUUGCCUCUAUUUUUUGACAAAUAUCUUGCGCGUCAUGAGCUUCCACGCGAGCUGACCUUUGUAUUGAAAUGGUCUAGCAAAGAUACUAUGGCACGAAGGGCAGGUCCCCAUGUCGGUCACGUACGACUUGAGGAUCCUUGCAGGGAUGAGCUUGACGAGGGAUGACGUUCCGCUUCCGCGCUUCCCAUACUCGACCAGGAGGUUGCUACAGCCAGCGCAGAAGACGGCCCAGUUCCGAUGCGCCAUGCCCAAACCCCUCGAGACA